AGUUAUUCGGUUAUAAGGUGCACUCGGCUAUAAGACGCACCCCCAAUUCGGCAACUUCAUUAUUGCAUGUUUUCAAACUGAAAAUAUCGCUAAAAUACUUGGUUAUAAGGCGCACCGUUUUUCGGGGAGUAAAGAUCGGUCAAGUUUAUUGUAAAUUCUUUCAUAAACUUACAAAAAAGCGAAAAAGUCGCGUAUUGAUUUUAGUUUACCGUUAAUUAACAAAAGCAGAAUUGUCGCACACGCAACCAUGCGCACAAACAAAAGCCUUGAUUAAACAAGAAUUAACGUACCGCCGAGAAUGCAGGUCUCAGUGCACAAAAAAGGCUGAAUGGAUGAAGAAGGCUUGGAGAAGUGAAGGAUUGUCACUAACAACAACUAGCAAUGAGGCAGCAAAAAUGUUUGAUGCUACCUUAACACAGUACACAGGAUGGUAUGAUGAUAGCAGUGUUGAUGGAAUUGAGGGUUCUGUUUCAAAGAUGUUAGCAACUGAUCCUAACUUUGUGAUGGGUCAUGUGAUCUCUUGUGGCUUAUACCUGAUCUCAUCAGGUAAAGGAAUUCACACAGAUGAAGAACUGAAGAACAGCAUUCUGUCCCUUGAAGGGUUAGCUGCCAAAAGUAACAUCACAAACAGAGAGAGACUGCAUGUCAAGGCAGUGAAAGAAUGGGCUGAAGGAAACACUGCACAAGCAUGUCUAACAUGGGAAGAUGUAUUAGUGGAGAACCCAACCGACAUGCUCGCUUUGAAAAUGGCUCACGACUCUUACUUCUACCUUGGAUACCAACCUCAGAUCAGAGAUUCCAUUGCACGGGUGAUGCCGAAAUGGAAGGAAAACAUGCCACUCUAUGGAUAUCUUCACGGAAUGUACGCAUUUGGCCUGCUAGAGACAGGAUUCUACAAACAGGCAGAGAGACAUGCACUUAAGGGUCUGGAACUGAAUCCAAGAGAUUGCUGGAGUACACAUGCAGAGGCCCAUGUCAUAGAAAUGGAAGGGCGUCAGAAUGAAGGAAUUAGAUUCCUCAGCACGACAUUAAAUGACUGGACUAUGGGAGCUAUGCUAGCCUGUCAUAACUACUGGCAUUGGGCGUUGUAUCACAUCGAAAAGGGAGAACAUCAAGCUGCAGUGGACAUUUAUGACGAGGAGGUUGGAAAACGUUGUCAUUCUGGCGCCAUGCUUGACUUAGUGGACGCCUCUUCACUGCUGUACAGACUUCAGAUGGAAGGUGUUAAUGUAAAUGAUCGGUGGAGAGAGCUGUUUCAUUUGUGGGAGUCACACACAGAUGAUCAUAUUUUGGCUUUCAAUGAUGUUCAUAUGUUAAUGUGUUCUCUGGGGGCUAAGAAGGAAGAUGCUACACUGAAUCUAAUGAUGUCACUUAGAGACUAUGUAAGGGAUGGCUCAGGAACAAAUUGCGAAGUGUCUAGGGGGGUUGGUCUGGCCCUCUGUGAAGCUUUUGAACAAGCCGACAAGGGAAACUUCGACAAAGCUGUGGACAUUUUAAAACCGCUCCGUUAUGAUGUAGUCACCAUUGGAGGCAGUAAUGCACAGCGGGACAUCUUCAGCUUAUUCCUAAUUUACGCUGCUCUACAUUCUUCACGUAAAGAGCAUCAUUACUUGGCGAGGAGCUUAUUAACAGAGAGAAAGGCUAUGAAAGAAAACGCUCCAAUGACAGACCGACUCAUGGGGCAGGCCCUAGCUCUACACGUGGAGUAAAGUCGUCGCCAGACCCUUAAAUUUGAGACUAGGAUGCAAAACACGAGUGCAAAAAAUAAAAUUCAGUGUUGCUAUGGUUUCAUCGAGACCUUACAACCAGGAUUUGAUGA